UAUAUAUAUAUAUAUAUACUUUUUUUUUCCCUGUCCAACCUUUUACUCUCUAUGAAAAAGUAUUUCCAACCAACUAUUUUGUCAGCUCUGAGAGCACGGUUAGCAAAGGAUUACUGUAAUUAUUUCAGGCAUGAAAAUAAGCAUUUAUAUACUCUUCAUUACCUUAAGGAAAACUGGACAAGUAACUGAAAUCAUUUUAAUAACUGUGGUAGGACAAGGUACUAAUAAUUUAAUGGAGCAACUCCCCCAUGCCCCACCUCUUCUCUGCCCUGGUGGAGCAGACUUAAUUGAAAAAAGAAUGGAAAAGAAACAGAAGCUUGCUGGUCUCAUGGAGGAUUGUCAUGAAGGCAUUUGUGAAGGCAAAAUCUUGGAAGUCUUUUUUUUUUUUUUUUAAGAUUUAUUUAUUUAUUCAUGAGAGACACACACACAGAGAGCAAGGCAGAGACAAGAGGCAGAGGGAGAAGCAGGCUCCCUGCAUCAGAGGGACUCUAUCUGGAUUCCAGGAUUGUGCCCUGAGCUGAACACAGAUGCUCAACCGCUGAGCCACCCAGGCAUCCCAAAGUCUUGGAAGCCAUCAGAGUUCCAGUGAUUAAGGCGAUGCCCACUGAGGGAGCUAGAAAGAGCUGUCUUUGUAAAUCUCUAGAGGCUGCUCUGUCAGCAGGCCCAAUGAUGAAGGAUAAAUGCACCAUGGCACAAUGUGUGCUCAAAGAAGGAACAGUUAAGAUGACAACCACAAUGCAAUACGAACCAGGGAACUUCACAUUUCCUCUGGAUCCCAGAGUCUUUGUAUAACACUUUGAAGGGCAUGGGAGGAAAUACUAAUGAUGGUUGAUACGAUCAGCAGCUUCCCUACCUUGGUGAGUGAAGGCUCAGAUCUGGGAAUAAUUUGAUAUGGAAGAUAAGUUGAAUAAUUCCAGUGCUUCAUGUUAUGGGACAGUUUAUGCUUGGUACAUGAUGAUGAAGGAUAUUGCUUACAAUUUCCAUUCAAAAUUAAUUUUUACAUGUCCUAUUUUUCCUUUGGGGGGAGGGGCUUUGAUUUUGCCUACUGGAAGAUGAGGCUUUCCUGAAUCAGGUGUGAAAGCAAGAAGGAAAGAUUGUGGAAACAGCUCUUAAGCAAAAAAGAUGAUACUUUGAAAGCUGUUCUAUAGAUGACUCUGGAGUGUUUCUGAGGCUUUAUUUUUUAUAUUCCACAUAUGAAAGAAAUCAUAUGGUAUUUGUCUUUCUGUGACUUAAUUCAUGUAGCUUAAUACCUUCAAGGUCCAGCCAUGUUGUCACAAAUGCCAAGAUUUCAUUCUUCUUUAUGCUCAGGAUUGGCUCCUGGCAGCAGCCUUCUAUGUUGGCCAUGUGGAAAGCAUGCAGCAUCUAUCAGAUUUGUCCUGGAACAAUGUGCCUGAGGAGCAGACAACUACCACAUCCCACAUCCUUCCAGAUAUCUUGCUCUUACAUAAACCUCUAAGUGCAACUAUAAUCCUGAAAAAGAAAAAAAGAAGAUAGGCAGUAAAAUUCUAAUGUUAUGAAGGAAAAAAAUUAGAAUGAACUAAGAAUAUCAUCUAUUGGUUAAUAUUAUGUUUCUACUACCAAAAAGGCUUAAAACAGUGAUCAAGAAAAUAAAGAGGCGGAUCCUGCGCUGGAGGAGAGCGGAUCCUAUGCCGGAGGAGACGCAGGCAGCUAACCUGGUCUCCUUCGCGUGACCCUUACAGCCGCUGGUCUCAGGGCACAAUGGCAACUCUUACGGAAAAACUGAUUGCACCAGUUGCAGAAGAAGAGGCCACGAUCCCAAACAAUAAGAUCACUGUAGUGGGUGUUGGACAAGUUGGUAUGGCAUGUGCCAUCAGCAUUGUGGGAAAGUCUCUGGCUGAUGAACUUGCCCUUGUGGAUGUUUUAGAAGAUAAAAUCAAAGGAGAAAUGAUGGAUCUACAGCAUGGGAGCUUAUUUCUACAGACACCUAAAAUUGUGGCAGAUAAAGAUUACUCUGUGACUGCCAAUUCUAAGAUUGUGGUGGUGACUGCAGGAGUCCGUCAGCAGGAGGGAGAGAGCCGCCUCAAUCUGGUGCAAAGGAAUGUUAAUCCUCAGAUAGUCAAGUACAGUCCUGAUUGUAUCAUAAUUGUGGUUUCCAACCCAGUGGAUAUUCUUACAUAUGUUACCUGGAAACUAAGUGGACUACCCAAGCACCGUGUGAUUGGAAGUGGGUGUAAUCUGGAUUCUGCUAGAUUUCACUAUUUUAUGGCUGAAAAACUUGGCAUUCAUCCCAGCAGCUGCCAUGGAUGGAUUUUGGAAGAACAUGGCGACUCAAGUGUGGCUCUGUGGAGUGGAGUGAAUGUGGCAGGUGUUUCUCUUCAGGAACUGAAUCCAGAAAUGGGAACAGACAACAACAGUGAAAAUUGGAAGGAAGUGCAUAAGAUGGUGGUUGAAAGUGCCUAUGAAGUCAUCAAGCUAAAAGGAUAUACCAGCUGGGCUAUUGGAUUAAGUGUGGCUGAUCUCAUUGAAUCCAUGUUGAAAAAUCUCUCCAGGAUUCAUCCAGUGUCAACAAUGGUAAAGGGCAUGUAUGGUAUUGAGAACGAAGUCUUCCUGAGUCUUCCGUGUAUCCUGGACGCUCGGGGCUUAACCAGUGUGAUCAAUCAGAAGCUGAAGGAUGAUAAGUUUGCCCAGCUCAAGAAAAGUGCGGAUACCUUGUGGGACAUCCAGAAAGCCCUAAAAGAUCUGUGAUGUGACUUCUGGCUUCUAGGCUAUAGAAAUUUAAAACCAUGAUGUGAUUAACUGUGAGCCUUUAGUUUUUCAUCCAUAUACAUGGAUCACAGUUUGCUUUUAUCUUCCUAAAUAUGUGAAUCUGGGCUCACAGAAUCAAAGCCCAUGCUUGGUUGAAUGCUUGCAAUAUGAGCCUUGAACAAAUAAAAUUAACUAUUGUAGUGUGAAAAAAAAAAAAAAGAAAAGAAAAUCCCAAAUUUGUGGCUUGACAAUUCAGACUUAUAA